UUUCACUGAAACUGGGACUGGGAUCGAGACUGAGAGUUUGAGUUAACUAUUUAUUCUAUAUAUGUAUAUAUAUAAUAGUUCUGGCACUAGCGCUGAACUAGUCUGGUAUCGGCCCUAGAUUGCCUGUGGUUUAAACUUUUAACUCAUUCGCAGUUAAUCCAGUGAAUCGGAUUGACGUUCACUUGGACUCCACUCCUACUCCGUCUGCUUAAUAAUAAAUAUUUAUCUGAAGAUUUAUUAUAUUUUGUUUCGGUACCGUCAAAAUAAUAAUUUAUUGUCGUUUGAUUAACAACUCCAGCGAUAAAUAAUUAAGUGACUUGAUAAGCAAUUAAAUAACGGUUUCAAAUUAUUUAUUUUUUGAAUAAUAAUUUAAUAAAUGGCAAAUUAUAGUCAACUUUGCCGUUUGUUAUUUAUGUAAGUGUUAAUGUGUGAUGCUGAUAUAUAAGUCUUUUUAUGUCAUAACUCAUGUAAGAUUCGUGGUGGCAACAAGUCUCGUGGUUUUGUGCUAGACAGUUUUAUAUGAAAUACGCUUCUGGAUCAUAUAAAAUAAAAAUUGUAAAAAUAAAUAAACAAGAUUGCUAUUUUACAAUAAUUUUGAACAAAGAGUGGGAGCAAGAAGAAAGUGAGAGUUUAGCAUUGCCUUGUAAUUAUCGAAGGCCUUGGUGUUCUUGGAGGAAAAAAAAAUCAACAACAAUGGUUGUCGAUACAGGAACAGUAAGACUAGUUAUAUUUAUUGGAAUGUUUCUUGUGUUUGCUGGAGACUAUACUAGUCUUAUAAAUUCAAUUUUUGGCAAUGGAAUGGAACGUGCUAAUUCGUCAAUAAGAUUGCAAGCCUCUAAUUCAAAUGCUGAACGCGUUUCAUUGAUAACUGACGUUAAGAAUUCAAAUAAUGACCAUGGAAUGACACGCAGAGAAAAAAUAAUGACAACAAUUAAAACAGCAUGUCUACCAAAACUUAUUUGUGAAUUGACUUCGUCAUCUCAUCAAGUGCAAUUAAGUGAAAUGGAAAAAUCACUUCUUAAUUUGAUAAGAGAUACAAGUUUAUCGACGAUGGCGGAAGUCGCUUCAAGGUAUCACUUUGCCGCACAUAUGGGUCAACUUAUUGCCGGUAUCGAAGGUCAAGGCUGCCACAAUUUCUAUCCUACGUGCCCAUUACCUCGAUCCAGCGUUCUGAGUAUGAUGAAAAAAAUUCGUCUCCGUUAAGAAAACUCUAUUUAUUUAUUUAUUUUAAUUUAAAAUAAAUAAGUAAAUAAAUUAUGUAUUUUAUUUUUAAAAAUAUUAUGAUCUGCAAGGUCAUUUGUGUUUAUCGUAUCUGUGAUACAAAAUAUUUAAAUCGUAAAAGUAUGAAUUCGAUUUUAUACAGAAUUUUACCUGUCGAAUUUAAUUAUUUUACAAUUGAUUUAUCGAUUUUUAAUGUAAUAAGUGAUCAGUGUAUUAUUUUUUAAUUAUUAAGCAUGUUGUUUAAUUAUAAUUUAUUAUUAAGAGUUUUUUUUAAUUUGUAUUAAUAUGUAGUAACUUAAAAAAAAUUAUUUUUAAAAUUUAUGAUUAUUUAUAAAAUACUAAGUAUUAAAUAUUAGAACCAAAAUUAA